UCAAGCGCCCCUUAGUACUCAACUGUAAGCCUGCAACUCUCUAAAACAACCUAAAUGAGCUCUUACUUUGUAAACUCGUUCUCGGGGCGCUACCCAAAUGGCCCCGACUAUCAACUGCUAAAUUAUGGAGCCAGCAGCGGCGCAAUGAACGGCGGGACGUACAGGGACUCUUCCUCCGCCACCAUGCACCAUGCGACGGGCUCUUACGGCUACAGCUACAAUGGCAUGGACCUGACCGUCACCAACCGGGGAGGGGGGAGCGGCGGUGGCGUCAACAACACCGGAGGACACUUCGGGGGAGGCUCGGUGGUCGGGGACUCCCGGGGCUUCGCUUCCCCGGCCCCGGAGAGGAGCCUCAGACAACCAUCCAGCUGCUCCCUCGCUUCCGCGGCGGAUUCCCUUCUGUCACCCGCGUGUGGAGAGAGUAAGUUGGGCGCUCAGAGCUCGUCUCCCCGCUCAGGGCAACCAGGAAACGGCAAUCUCAGCUCUCCAAACCUGUCCUCCAACUCCUCCGGCGCCGGUGGCGGCGGCACGGCGCAACGCUUCACGGAGUUAGACGACGCCUCGCCAGAGCCAGACGAGUUGCAGCACAACCGGGAUACAGGCAACCUGCCUACCAGGACCGGGCACUCGCAGCCCGGGCAGAAGCAGGAGGUCGGCCCGGCGGGAUCAGCCGCUGGCAGCACAGCGGGCAGCGACGGUGGGACACCACAGAUAUUCCCCUGGAUGAGAAAGCUGCACAUUAGCCAUGAUAUGACGGGCCCGGAUGGGAAACGGGCACGGACGGCGUACACCCGCUACCAGACGCUGGAGCUGGAGAAAGAGUUCCAUUUCAACCGGUACCUCACACGGCGGCGGAGGAUCGAGAUCGCGCACACGCUCUGCCUCACGGAGAGGCAGAUCAAGAUCUGGUUCCAGAACCGGAGGAUGAAAUGGAAGAAGGACAACAAACUGAAAAGUAUGAGCCUCGGCACCGGCGGCAACGUCUUCCAACCGUAGAAGUCUAUCCAUUUAAAAAAUAAAAAGAAGAAAAAAAGGGGGGGUGGGAGAAUGAAAAGAAGAAGCAUCCGUCCAUCGUUUUUUGGAAAAGGCUACUUCCAUGUACAGGCAUCCAAGGAGGAAAGAAGGAGAGAGACAAAAACAGUUGGAAAAGAAUAAAGAAAAACUUGAAGAAAACAACAGAAGAAGAGAGAAGGAGAAGAUGGAUCAAAAAAAAAGGAGGCGGUGAUGAAGAAAUGUUUCUAUUACAAACAGAUUCCAAAGCUAGAUUAAAAAAAGAAAAAAAGAAAAAAGAAAGAAAAGAAACACUUCCUAUUCAACUGAGUACUGUACAGCAGCGCAGCACUUUUUAUUUGUUCAGCAUGUUGGUCUUUUUGGUGUUUUAGGGCAACGUAUAAAAAAAAAGACUGUGGUACUUGCUCUUGUAAAAAAACAAAAAACAAAAAAAAAGUUAGUGUUCGUGUAUGUUGUCGUCGUUUAAAAAAAAAAGAAAAAAAGAAAUAGCUGUGGAGGAGAGGAGUCAGGAAAAAAAAGAGAGGAAAGGAUGAAUAAUGCUACCUAACUACUUUUCUACCUUACAUCCUACCUUACAACCUCGCUACCUACCUGUUGUUAAAUGUCUACAAGUGUCGUAAAUGUGUCAACAAAAUUUGUAAUGGAUACAAAAUGCUUACUAGAAAAGUUAGCAUGUGAGCUCUUAUUGUAAGUUAUUUACAGCCAGUAACGCGUGUAUAGCCUACUAGUCAGCCCCCCCCCCUUCAUCCAGACCCCCCCCCCACCCUCCCUUUCCCCCUUUCCCCUCCUGUCAGUUACUUGCCAUUCUAUUUUUUUUUUAAAUUGAGAAAGCAGGGAAAGUGUGUGUGUGUGUGUUUGUGUGUGUGUUUGUUUGUCUAAAAACAACCCUGCCUUCAUUUCCUAUCCAUCCAUACUGUUGUGUAUAGCUCUAUUAUCCAAGACAAAGUGUAACUGUAUAUUAUUGUUAUUAUUAUUGUAAUUAUUGGAUCUAUGUUUCAGAAAGGAUGUAUAUAGAUAUAUAUUGACAUUUUUAAAUGUGACCAGUUGGCUAUUUGUAGUUGCAGUGUGUGUGUGUGUGUGUGUGUGUGUGUGUGUGUGUGUGUGUGUGUGUGUGUGUGUGUGUGUGUGUGUGUGUGUGUGUGUGUGUGUGAGAGAGAGAGAGAGAGAGAGAGAGAGAGAGAGAGAGAGAGAGAGAGAGAGAGAGAGAGAGAGAGAGA